GUUAUCUUACUUGUCUUCAUUUAUCACAGUCACGUGAUACGUCUUGGCAGGCACAGCAGACAUAAUUCCAAGAUGGCGGUCUGUAUUGCUGUCAUCGCUAAAGAGAAUUAUCCUCUGUACGUCCGAAGUGUACCCAUACAGAAUGAACUGAAGUUCCACUACACAGUGCAUACCUCUCUGGAUGUGGUGGAAGAGAAGAUUUCAGCAGUCGGCAAAGCUAUGGCAGACCAGAGAGAGCUUUAUUUUGGGUUGCUGUACCCAACAGAGGACUACAAAGUAUAUGGCUAUGUGACAAACUCCAAGGUGAAGUUUGUCAUUGUUGUGGACUCGUCAAACACAUCUCUGCGAGACAAUGAGAUUAGAAGUAUGUUCAGAAAGCUACACAACUCAUUUACUGAUGUGAUGUGCAACCCAUUCUACAAUCCUGGGGACACCAUUCAGUCCAAGGCCUUUGACAGCAUGGUGUCUGCAAUGAUGGUGCAAGUUAGCUGAUAUUAUCCUCCUGAACAUCUGUACAUAAUUUCCUGAAACCUUUUCGUGUUGCUUCAUAAUAAACUAUGUCCAUCAGAACCUCUCAUUUACACCAUUUCAAAGAAGCACUAUCAAGUGUAAUUCAUUUAUUAAUUUCUAAAGCAAAGAUGUUUGACAUUAUAUACAGUGAUAAACAUUGAGCUAUGUACUUGAAGCAAACUGCCAAUUGCAUGUCAAUAUACAAAAGAAAGCCAAUCACAACGCGAAUUUGAUCAUUUGUGUUUUUUACAAUUACUAUGCUCAAUAGCCACACACCAACAAAAUGAGUGAUCUGAUCAAAACAUCCUUACAAAAAAAGUAUCUGACAUGGCAAAUGGCUGUGUAGUCAAACAGUUCUUGGGGUAAAUAAUUGCACAGUAAAACUGCUCAACUAAAAUAAACCACCAUAGGCACAAGCUUUUACAGUAAUAAGCCGCAAACCAAGGCUGGCCUCUCCCAUUUCCCCGACAAUAAGAGGACAAAAUGGCCAUUGCAAAGUCUGACUUGUUAGGAUUAAGUUGCAAUAACUUUUUAUGGAGGCUGUUAACAAAAGAUGCCAUAUGACUUAAUUCAAUGAGGUUGAAAUCUGUGCUUGUCUCAAUUUCUGCCCAUUAACAUGCAUGGAAAAUAAUUUGCAAAUGAGUAGAGAUGAGCAAGUCACGAUUUCCUGAAACUCACAUUCCAUGUUUAUUAAACAAUCACUUGAAUCCAGGUGUGAUUCAGUAGUGUUGCUGCGGGUGCAUGUGUCCAGUGUGCCCUGGCCUCGAGUGGUCAGUGGGUGGGGUUAUGAGGAGAAGACAUGGGUGCCGUUUAGGGCCCUGCUCACGGUGCUCAGGAACCCCCCAGUGUCUCUUCCCAGCUGGGGGCCCGUAGGGGUGUGGUGAGACUGACCUGGCGGGGCCAGUGUUGUAUCGGAACCUGCCUUGUUGAUACCCAUUGUAUCUGGGUGGGUGGAAACCUCGUCCCCUGGAUCGAGCACCUCUGUGAAUCCCCCUAUCUGUGGUGCUGAUUCCUGGCAUGUUGGUCCUUUUAGGCAAUACCUGCAAUGCAAAGGCCACAGAAACAACCUAAAAGACCUGGAAUCAUUUACAAUUAACAGGAACACUUAAUUCAGCUCAAUUUAUUCAUGAAUGUGCAACUUCGUCAAAUCAAGUGUGUUUUGAGUUUAGAAUUCAGGUUUCCCUUCCUACUAACCUUUAUGACUCGGUCUCUGAAUACGGUCUCAUCCAGGCUCAUGGCAGUCUGCACUGAGUCCCUGUCAUGGAACUCAAUAUAUGCAAAACUGGGAGAAAGAAAGUUGUCAACGUAUACACAAUAACAUACUCAAAUUGUAAUCAGAACAUACAAAAUGUCCAAGAAACAAAUAAAAUGGUGCAUAAACUA